AUGGAUUCGCUGAGAUUUCUCCGGAUUCUUCUUCUUUCCGCUUCGAUUUUACUCGUUUCUCUCCUUUCUACUGUCAUCGCCGGUGAUAUUGUUCAUCACGAUGAUUUAGCUCCGAAGAAACCAGGUUGCGAGAAUGACUUCGUUCUGGUGAAAGUUCAAACGUGGGUUGAUGGUGUUGAGGAAGAGGAGUUUGUGGGUGUCGGGGCUAGAUUCGGGAGGCGGAUAGUGUCCAAGGAGAAGAAUGCGAACCAGACGCACCUUGUUUUUGCAAAUCCUCGUGAUUCUUGUGCACCGCUCAAGAACAAGCUUUCUGGAGAUGUUGUUAUUGUGGAACGGGGCAACUGUAAGUUCACAGCUAAGGCAAAUCAUGCAGAAGCUGCUGGUGCCUCUGCUCUGCUCAUCAUAAAUAAUCAAAAAGAGCUUUACAAAAUGGUUUGUGAACCGGAUGAAACGGAUUUAGAUAUACAGAUUCCUGCCGUCAUGCUCCCACAAGAUGCUGGUGCAACCUUGCAAAACAUGCUCAACAACAGUUCAAAAGUGUCGGCCCAGCUUUACUCCCCAAAACGACCAGCCGUGGACGUAGCUGAAGUCUUUUUGUGGUUAAUGGCUAUUGGUACCAUUUUGUGUGCAUCUUAUUGGUCUGCAUGGAGUGCCCGAGAAGCAGCUAUUGAACAUGAUAAGCUACUGAAGGAUGCUAUAGACGAAAUCCCUGACACAAAUGAUGGGGGCAGUGGUGUCGUAGAGAUCAAUACUAUUUCAGCUAUUUGUUUCGUAUUUCUUGCUUCGGGCUUCCUGGUGGUUCUGUACAAGCUUAUGUCUUAUUGGUUUGUGGAGCUUCUUGUGGUUGUUUUCUGCAUUGGUGGCGUCGAGGGUUUGCAAACUUGCCUCGUCGCUUUGUUAUCAAGAUGGUUCCAACGUGCUGGAGAUACUUACGUAAAAGUCCCUUUCCUUGGACCUAUCUCUUACCUGACUCUUGCAGUUUCUCCUUUCUGCAUUGUCUUUGCUGUUCUGUGGGCUGUUUACCGAGAUCGCUCCGUCGCUUGGAUUGGCCAAGAUGUUCUUGGUAUCGCAUUGAUCAUCACAGUACUACAGAUUGUUCAUGUCCCAAAUCUUAAGGUCGGAACGGUUCUUCUCAGUUGUGCCUUCUUGUACGAUAUCUUCUGGGUGUUUGUCUCCAAGAAGUUGUUCCACGAAAGCGUAAUGAUAGUCGUAGCUCGUGGUGAUAAGAGCGGAGAAGAUGGUAUCCCGAUGCUACUGAAGAUUCCGCGCAUGUUUGAUCCGUGGGGAGGCUACAGCAUUAUUGGAUUCGGUGAUAUUCUUUUGCCCGGUUUGCUAAUCGCAUUUGCUCUCAGAUACGACUGGUUAGCUAACAAGACUCUUCGAACCGGCUAUUUUAUCUGGGCAAUGCUUGCCUACGGAUUAGGUCUUUUGAUUACUUACGUGGCUCUAAACCUAAUGGAUGGACAUGGCCAACCGGCAUUGCUCUAUAUCGUCCCUUUCACACUUGGAACAAUGUUAACAUUAGCUCGAAAACGAAAUGAUCUUUGGAUUCUAUGGACAAAAGGAGAGCCGGAAAGGGCUUGUCCUCACCAUGUCCGGCUUGAACAGUGCUCAGAUGAGAAAUGA